AAAGAGAAAGAAACACAGAUAGAGAGAGAGGUGAAAAAGGCACACGGAAAGUACAUUUUUCUCCCACAUUUUUUGACGAGUGACUGUGCAGUAGCACCCACGCAACUUUGGACGAGUAAAUGCGGGGCUGCAAGUUGUGAGAGCGUCCCUAUUUUUAAACAGUUUUUUUUGUUGGGGGGCGUGGACGUCGGAGGAGCUGCAGUGAGCGUGUUGCCUCCUGGCCGCACUUCCAGCGUGGAGUGACUGACUGACGUGCACGCCGGAUCGGCUUUUUUUGCAGGAAUCUUUGAAUUUUUUUUAUCCGGAGACUUUACCCAAACCGGUCUUGCAAGUAUUUAAAACGAAGCUUCUUUGGAGAUAUCCACCCGUGGAAAGGAAGUUUGGAGCCAAAAGUGAGGAUCUAUUAUUUCAUUGUGUCAACAUUGGCAGGUGUUGCGUUCACGUUCACUUUCUCCAACUCAACGGAUUAAACCUUACAUUUUUAAAGGGGAGGAAUGUGUUUAAUUGUACCGCUUAGGGUCUUGAUUCUCACGGGAUGAUGCGUUCAAGACGCCGGGUGGGAAAGUGACUUUGUUCCGCGCUCCCUGAAGGCACCACCGCCGAUUGAAAGCAUGACGAGCACCGGACCUGUCAUCGUCUUCGAGUGGCUCAAGACCCUCCAGCUGGCCCAGUAUGUCGAAGCCUUCGUGGACAACGGCUACGACGACCUGGAGGUGUGCAAACAGAUCGGCGACCCCGACCUGGACGCCAUCGGGGUCUACGUCGCGCACCACCGGCAGAGGAUCCAUGAGGCGGUGCGCCGGCUGAAGGAGGAAGCCAAAGACGCGGCGAACGGACUGUACUUCACCCUGGAGCCCAUCACGACCAGCGGGCACAUGCGAGCCUCCAAGUCGUGGACCGAGGUCAGCAGUGAGCGAGGCGUCCGAGGGGUGGGUUACAUCGGGGUGCAGAGGAACCUGACCCUGGGCAACAACCGGAGGGAGAUGGCCAUCUACCCCAAACUCAAGCUCAAGAUCAUGAUCCGGGAUAAACUCAUUAGAGACGGCGUUAAUCUGGCCAGACUGCCUUACUCUAAUAAGGAUGGUUCACUGGGGAACAUAGAUGACCUUGCUCAGGAGUACUCCGAGUACUACAACACGUGCUUCAGCGACGUCAGCGACCGCAUGGAGGAAUUACGCAAAAGACGAGUCUCCCAAGACCUCGACAUGGAGAAACAGGAUCCAAACAAUGUGUCUCUGCAGCUUCGCACUGAGAUCCAGGAGUCGCUCGGCUUCAGCAGUGAAGUGUCCACACCAGAAACAGACAGAAAGAUGUCCCUGCAAAAAUCCAGCUCUGAAGACGGAUCAGGAGGUAAAUGGGACAACAAGAAGAAGAACAAGUCAUUCUGGCAGAACUUCCGCAAGUCUCAGCACAAGCCUACCGCGCGACAGACGUCCAAAGGUGAGGACAUCGGCUACGUGGCCAGCGAGAUCACCAUGAGCGAUGAAGAGCGAAUCCAGCUGAUGAUGAUGGUGAAAGAGAAGAUGAUCACUGUGGAAGAAGCUCUGGCUCGGCUGAAGGAGUAUGAGCGCAGCAGACAGUCCAGCAGUACUGACACUGCAGAGUGGACUGACGGAUCUGCAGCCAGUCUAAACCAGUCCUCAAACUGCAACCAGUCUCGUGAACAGUCCGACGACGAGCAAUCGGAAGAUUCCGUGAAGUUCAAACGGCUUCACAAGCUGGUUAAUUCUACGCGUCGAGUCAGGAAAAAACUGAUUAAGGUGGAAGAGGGCAAGAAGCAUGGCUCUGAAGACUUCCUAACUGUGGAGUCAGUUCCCACCUGUGACGACAACACAGCGUUGUACACGGGCGUCCUGAAGAAAUCCUACUUUCCCCAGGAGGCCUCCCUCAGCCAGGACCAACUCUCUGUGGAUGGUGAAACAGACAGCCUGACCACCUCCCCUUCCUCCAGUAGCCUGGACACCUGGUCUGGACACCGGCUGGUCAAGACCUUCAAUAAGUCUUCCAGUACCCACGGACUCAUCCGCCCCCAAAGGAGAACCACCCAGGACGGUUCUAUCUCCGGCGUGGGAGGUAGCGGCUCCUCCUUCUCGGAGCUCGAUGGCUGUGGAUUGGACGACGAGGGGAAGUUAUCGCGCUCCACGACCGACAGCGAGAUGCGGAAGGCUCUGAGCUCCAUCUCCCACGGGAGAACAUGCAGCUUUGGUGGCUUCGACCUGACCAAUCGUUCCCUCCAUGUGCUCAACACAGAGGCCCAUAAUAAAGAACAAGAGGCCAUUUACAGAGAGGUGGUCAAGUCCCCGACCACCUCUCGGAUCUCACUGGGAAAGAAGGUCAAGUCAGUGAAGGAGACCAUGAGGAAGCGCAUGUCCAAGAAGUACAGCAGCUCUUUGUCCGAGCAGUCCAGUCCAGAUGGAACACCUGGAUCUCCACAGUCCCCGCAAACUUACAGUGACUCCCUGGAGAAGCCCAAACUUAAGGCCGGAGGUUCAGUGGAAAGUCUUCGCAGUUCGCUCAGCGGACAAAGCUCAAUGAGCGGUCAAACCGUGAGCACCACCGACUCGUCCGCCAGUAACAGAGAAAGUGUCAAGUCUGAGGAUGGCGAUGACGAGGAGCCGCCUUACAGGGGUCCAUUCUGCGGUCGCGCGCGAGUCCAUACGGACUUCACGCCGAGCCCUUACGACACAGACUCCCUCAAACUGAAGCACGGUGAUGUGAUCGACAUCAUCAGCAAGCCGCCCAUGGGCACCUGGAUGGGCCUGCUCAACAACAAGGUGGGCACCUUCAAGUUCAUCUACGUGGACGUGCUGAGCGAGGAAGAGGAGAAGCCCAAGCGGCCGAUGAGGAGGAGGAGGAAGGGCAGACCACCCAAGCCGACGUCCGUGGAGGAGCUGCUGGAGCGCAUCAACCUCAAGGAACACAUGCCGACCUUCCUGUUCAACGGCUACGAGGACCUGGACACUUUCAAACUGCUGGAGGAGGAGGACCUGGACGAGCUGAACAUCAAAGACCCUCAACACAGAGCUGUGCUGCUCACUGCUGUAGAGCUACUGCAGGAAUAUGACAGCAGCAGUGACCCGGAGCGUGGCGGUCUGCCGGGCUCCCAGGAGAAGCUGCUGUCGGACGGUGGAGGUCUUGUGGGAGACUCCCCGCGGGACUCCGGGUGCUACGAGAGCAACGAGAACCUGGAGAACGGUAAGAGCAAGAAGACGACCCGUUCCGGUCGCUCUUCCGCCGGCCAGUCUCCGGACUAUCCCACCCUCCCCAUGACUAUUUCCAGUGAGGCGCUGCAGCAGGACAGCAAGAACCAGCGCACAAAGUUCCCUAAAAGCUUAUUCAGCAGAUCCUCCCUGAAGGCUUUCAACCUGCUGGGGCUCUGCAAAGCCCAGAGACAUUCGCCCGUCGGGACCAGUCGGAGCUGCGAGGACCUGGACGAACCCUGCCUGCUCACCGCGUCGUGGAAGCGCUCCCACUCUCUGGGGGACCUGCACUGGGAACAAAGGACGGACAUGGAGGUUAAAGCUCUGGACGCCAGGAGCCCCAUUAAGGGUUCUCCGAGGACUUCACCAGUGAGUCCAAAACCGAGGCUUGACAGACCACCUGUGCCCUCGCAGUUGCCUCUACGCCCGCCCUGCCCCACCAGCCAAGCCCCCUCCCCUCCAGCGCCAACAUCAAGUCCCCCUGAGUCCACCCCAGGUAAUGAGAGAGUGCUUCGGACUCAUGCCAAAAAGCCACCAGUACCGCCUCCUGUCCCGGCUAAAAAGUCCAGAGAAAGACUCGCCAACAGUCACUCCCCCCUCUCCCUGCCUUCUUCGCCGUCCCCCGCGCCUUCCCCGACACGCUCGCUCACCCGUUCCCAACCGAGCAGCCCCGUAACUCGCUGCAGCGCGAGCGCCGCUCCCCCGCCGCUGCCCGCCAAGACGCCGAUCAGCCCCUGCCACGCCUCACCGUCCCCCGGAGGAGAGGACGCGGGCGCAUCGCUGCCGCCCCCUUGGCUCUCCGACCUGGGGAGCAAGGUGGCCGUGUCCAGGAAGGUGUCCCAGUCCAAGAUGAGCCCUGACCUGCUCACCCUGCUGGAGCAGCGACUGGAGGCCGAGGGCAUCGAUCUCACAGAGGAGCCUUACUCGGACAAGCAUGGCCGCUGUGGCAUCCCCCAGCCUCUGGUGCAGCGGUACUCCGAAGACCUGCAGCAGCCCGUCAAGGAAGUGGCGUCCAGCGUGGACCAGUUGAGGGUCCGAGAGCUACGCAAACAACACCGCAUGGCUAUCCCGUCCGGCGGUCUGACCGAGAUGUGCCGCAGACCCGCGCCCUCAGGCAACAUCAACACUGUCUCCGACUGGCUGGUCUCCAUCGGCCUCCCCAUGUACGUCUCGUCUCUGGCGGCGGCGGGCGUCGACUCCGUGAGCGGCGUGGCCUCGUUGACGGAGAGCGGCGCCCGGGGGGCCGGGGUGCGGGACGAAAGACACGCCCGACGCAUGAUAGGCGAGGCGAGGGCGGUGGCCGCCGCGGGCAGUGACGCUGAGUCUUAAACAAGGUGUCAUGAACUCGCCUUUUUUAUUUUCAAGGGAGGGACGCUUUCUUACCCAAUCAUUUGCCUUGGAUGACGACAGCACAUUUUUUUGUAGGACCUGUUUUGUCGAGUCACUUCACAGGUGCUUGAAUUUCUUGUGAAGAAAGAAUUAGAAUCAAGGAGCGCCGCCAAAGCAUCAAUGACACACGGAACACAAGAAAUAUUAAGCAUGUGGCUCAAUUAUAUAACAUGUUUCAGUAUGAUACUCUGCUUCAUUUUCUGCCAAGCUGAAAAAUCCCACUGUAUCCAAGCACAUUGAACUACACAUCGCCUCAGCAUUACAGUAUGAAUGUUUAUGGGAGUCACUUUUUUAGUAUUGAAUGUGCCGUAGCAUUAUUUUUCUUGUAUUUUAACUUAAAAACACCCAUUAUAUGAGAACUUAACAACAAUAUCCAAAGAGACGCGGCUGAUAUUUGGAAUCAAGCACAAUUUGUGCACAGUGGAAUCUCUGAAGUGCAAUUGGACGACAAUGACGUAAAACUUGGAAAUUCGCUGUUUUAGCACAAAAUGUCAUUAGCAUGGUCACUUAGCAAAUACUUUUUUUUUGUUUUUUUACAUUUACCAAUGCUUAACUUAUUUUUACACUUGUGUGUACAUUCCUAAGUGUCCUAAGCUCUUAAGAGCAGACCACACGCUGUUAAGCGCCUGCAAAAUGUCACUGAAUGAAUGACAGAGUGCUUCCGAGGGAAUUUUACCCAAACUUAUUCCUAGCCCCUUCCUGCUCUGUCACUGAUUCCUACGCAUCCACCCUGGCACCGUUAGUGCUUGUCAUAAAAAUGAAUGGUACUGGGAUCGAAACAAGAGUUGAAGAUUUAAAAAAACAAAAAAAAAAACUAUUUGAAUCCUCAGAGGACAAAAGCUGACAUUGUUGUCAUUUCAGUUCCUGUUGCUGUACUUUUUUUUUGCCAAAAUGGCUCUUUGAGUGGUAAAGGUUGCCGACCCCUGGUGUAGGUGGACAUAUGCCAACAUUUGAAAAACACCUUAGCUUUGUGUUACAGAUAACAAAGCAAUAAAAUAAUUCCAUAAUAAUUGUAUUUAUGUUAACUGCUUGAAAGUAAGCUUGCAUUUACUAAUAUUGCAAUUAUACGGUCAACUGACACGCUUUUGAGGGCUUUAGUACACUCAAAAACAUAUCACGUCUCACAGGAAAUGUGCACACUUUUUCAACAUGACAGGACACACGGAAAUCAUUUUGGUUUUCAGGUCCCAUUUUUGGGGGAUUUGGUCCCGUUUAAUUUUUCAUAAUUUUUUUGUUCUAAUUUGGGACCUGUUUAGUUUGUCUAUAGAAUGUGCCAGUAAAAACCGAGCUGCGGGCCGCAAAUGCCCCCCCCCCCCCCCAGGCCGCACUUUGGACACCUCAUGUCUUAGAUGUUUCCUUAUUAUCACUGCUUAACUUAUUUUUACACUUAUACCACUGUUCAAUAGAUAGAUAGAUAGUACUUUAUUGAUUCCUUCAGGAGAGUCCCCUCAGGAAAAUUAAAAUUCCAGCAGCAGUGUACAAAAUUAAGAUCGAAUUUAAAAAGUAAAAAGUAAAUAAUGGGGGUAUAAAUAGAAACAAAAUACAAAAAUAUUACAAUAAGAAUAAAAAUAAAAAGCAACAAUGAGAAUAAAAAUAUAACAGUAAAAUAAGAAAAUAACAAGAGAAACUAGGCAGUAGUGACCAUGUUAUGAAAAAGUAUUGCAUCCCCUGUCAAUCAAUCUAUUAAUCAAUCAAUCAAAGUUUAUUUCUACAGCCCUUAGUCACGAGUGUUUCAAAGGGCUGCACAAGCCACAACAAUCGGAUCAGAUCCCACAUCAGGGCAAGAAAAAAAAAAAUGUGGGUAAAAAUGUUAUGUAAACAAACAAAAAAAAGGAAGUUAAGUCGAGCAAAAUAUUAUUUGGUGUCACUUUUUUUCCUUUUCAUAGUGUCUUGACAAGAAGGAAGUUAAAUGACGUCAAAAGCGCUUCAGAGAAAAUCAACUUGACUUUAGAGCAGGGGUGUCAAACUCGUUUUCAUUGAGGGCCACAUCGCAGUUAUGUCUGCCCUCAGAGGGCCGCUUUCAACAAUGAGUAAUUUAUGUAAUGUAUAUACACAUAAUACAGUAACAAUAUAUAUAUUUUUUUACAUAAGCUGCAAAAAAAAUAAAUUACAUUUGACUUUAAAAACUGGCAGCUCACUCACCAGAAUGUCACAGUAAAAGCAGUGGGCAUAUAAAAAAUGGAAUGGAAUGGAAAAACAAAAAACAAUAUUUUAGUAAAAUACGAGCAACACAGCUGCCAGUUUUUGGGGUUUUUUUACCGUAAAAAUCUUGUUUUAAUGUUGUUGUUUUUU